AAUGGAUUUAAUCAGCCACCCAGGGGAUGGAAUUCAUACGGUAUGCAGUCCCGGGCCGGCACCUCAUUUACGCUCAAUCAGGGGAAUGUUCAGAGCCAAUGCAAUCUUAUGAACGCCACGGCGGGAUACACUCUGUGCAGUCUGGAUUCGGGAUGGUCAGCGGAUGGAGGAGACCCAUUUGGUCGACUCGUGCCGAACACUUCUCUUUUCCCAAACCUCACAGCCUUGGCAAAUAACCUGCACUCUCAAGGCAAGCUUCUCGGUGUCUACGCACUUCCGGGGGCCCUGUCCGCCGACGCCGGCGUUACUGUUGAGGGAACCAACAUAAAACUGGGAAGCCUAUUUGAUACGAACCAACCGAGCUACAACCUGAGGCAGACUUUCGACUUUGGCAAAGACGGUGUCCAACAAUGGCAUGAUUCCGUUGUGAACAACUGGGCCUCGAUCGGAGUGGAUUACAUCAAGCUAGAUUUCAUGACUCCGGGUAGCCCAGACGCUGGCGAAAACUUGCCUGCCAACAACUCUUUGGCCGCAGUGGCAUAUCACAGAGCAAUUCAGCAAGCUAGUCGACCGAUGCGCUUGGAUCUAUCGUGGAAGCUUGACCGGAACUCAGGGGCAGAUUUCUUCCUGUGGCGCGGCAAUGCUGAUGGCUUGCGCCUAGACCAAGAUAUCAACGAUGCUGGCCAAAGCACGUUUCUGGGGUUCAACACGGUGCAGCGAGCCAUAGAGCAGUACCGGAGCUUUAUUAACCAGCAAGAAGAAGAUCCAGCGCGCCAGGGUACCCCAAUAAUGAUCCGCCCAGACAUGGAUAAUAUGUACACUGGCAACGGACAGUCACUCACGGGCCUCUCAGACGUGCAAAGAUACACGGUUGCGAUCCACUGGAUCGGAGCAGGUGCAAACCAGAUCACUGGCUCGGAUUUGUCACAGCUUGACACACUUGGGCUAGAGCUACUCUACGACCCCGAGUUACUCUCUGUUGCGGAAUUCACGGCCCAGUACCCGAUGCAACCAAAGAACCCGUUCGGAACGGCAAACCCAGGAUCGCAGGCAUCCGAACAGCUUCAGGCAUGGAUCGCUGGGCCUGACACGGACAAUAAAAACGCUGUGGUCAUUCUCGCAAACUACGGCCCGGAUUUAGGACAAGGUGGCUUUGGUGGAGACCUGGAGGGGGUUCAGCUGGUGAAUAUCUCAUUAUCACAACUUGGAAUAGCA